ACUCUUCUGACGUCAUCUCUCAACAUCUUCCGGGUGCGGAUUGUCGACAAGGGAGCAGCCCAGCUUUUCUUCUACUUUUAAUUAUUAAAUCUAGUCAAAAUGAAUCGUAUUUUUGGUACAGGUAAACCCAAAGCUCCGCCACCAAACCUGUCUGACUGCAUCGGAAACGUUGAUUCUCGGACGGAGUCCGUCGACAAGAAAAUCGCGAGACUUGAUGCAGAACUGGUCAAAUACAAGGAUCAAAUGAAAAAGAUGAGAGAUGGGCCCUCUAAGAACAUGGUGAAGCAAAAAGCAAUGAGAGUUUUGAAGCAAAAAAGGAUGUACGAAGGCCAAAGGGAUAACCUCAUGCAGCAGUCAUUCAACAUGGAACAAGCUAACUACACCAUCCAGACACUUAAAGACACUAAAACUACAGUUGACGCCAUGAAAACAGGCCUUAAGGAAAUGAAGAAGGCAUACAAGCAAGUGAAAAUUGAUAAGAUUGAGGAUAUCCAAGACCAACUUGAGGACAUGAUGGAGGAUGCUAAUGAAAUUCAGGAGGCAAUGGGGAGAAGUUAUGGCACACCUGAAAUCGAUGAGGACGACUUGGAAGCAGAACUGGAUGCUUUGGGAGAUGAGCUCCUCAUGGAUGAUGACAGCUCCUACCUGGAUGAAGCUGCGACUGCUCCCUCCAUCCCAGAGGGAAAUCCGGGCGACAGAACAGCCAACAGGGAUGGUGUCCUGGUGGAUGAGUUUGGCCUCCCUCAGAUUCCUGCUACAUAAAGAAGCGAUCCCACUAGUUUCACGUGUAUCAUCGCCUCUUUUCUAUUUAUCCAACUGGCACUCCUGGCCUUAGAGCGCAACAAUGUAAACCCAAAGCAUCUUCUGCCUAUGAAUGAUUGAAACUGCUCUAUAAAAUAAGACUCGGUUCUUCGACUAAA